UUAGAUUGUUGUAUUCUGGUGCUAGUACGUGCUACUACCGAGUGCUCGCCAAAGUGAAACGACGAACCACCCUACAACGCAGGGGAAGAAAGAUGCUGUGGUCUUUUAAGGGACACGCACCGAGGAAGAAGCGCGCGAAAGGAAAAAGGAAAAACAGGAAAAAACGAAUGGAUGGUGUGAAAGGCACUGUCAGAACUCUGAACCAACUUGCGUGCUCAGAGGUGGGCAAAAAGCUUCAUCAGAGUGGUGCAUCAACUGAUAAUCUAGUGCCAGAUAUUGUUGCGGAUGAAGCUGAUGCACGCGGUUUGGGUUGUGAAUUGUAUGUUGAUAAUCAAGCUAACUACUUCCCGCCCGAAUUGGUUGGUCACUGUGAAAACAAUUCUACAAGGUUACUCCAUUUGUACUUGAUUGAGUUACAGAGGAACUUUGAGUAUGAUGCCCCACUUCAUCAUAUUGCACUUGCGGUGAUGAAUGAGCUUGAGUUUGACGAUGAAAAGGUGGCCUUUGAUUUAGAACUUAAUAAGGGCAUUUUAUCUGUGAGGGUGAAACAUCUUGGCAUUAUAAGCCUUAGUUCUGAACAGGUGCUUCUAUGCCAAAGGUUUCAGAUCACCCUUUUCCGAGUUCUUUUUGAUCACAAUUUGAAUAAGUUAAAGGAGGCUUUGGGUGCAGUUAAUUCAGGGAAAGGGAAAGAAUUUAUGGUAGACUAUCUCUUGCUCCCCUGUAGUGGUCCAUCUCAAAAUCCAUCGAUUAUCAAUUGGAAAUGUGUGUGUUCUGUGAUUUUUCCAUGGGCAAAAUUCAGGGAUAAUCAUACAUGCGGUUAUCCUCCCAAGUGUUCUGGCCACCUUGUGCAUACUAAGAAUGAUUUGGUGUGCAGCUGCAUGUUGGAAAAUUCCUUGGUACUCACGCCUCAUAAUGGUUCUCUUUAUUGUAUCACUGGAACUUUAGAUAAUCUGGAUGGGAACUCGCUGCUUGGGAUGCGGAAUGGGAAAGCCAUUACUUACAAACAACACUAUAAAUUACGGCAUGGAAUUGACUUGUGCUUUGAAGGGGAAUUGUUGCUUAAAGGAAAACCUGUAUUUCCUGUGAAAAAUUGUCUUCAGAGGCUUGGGCAACUCAAAGAGAGAGGAUCAAGUAACACAUUUGUUGAAUUGCCUCCUGAACUUUGUGUAGUCAUCAUGUCUCCUAUAUCCAUUGGCACCGUAUAUUCUUUCUCUUUUCUGCCAUCUAUCAUGCAUCGGAUCGAGUGUUUGCUUCUUGCUAUCAACUUGAAAAAGAUGUAUGCAGAUUGCUGCACACAAAAUGUUAUUAUUCCAACUGCCAAGGUCUUGGAAGCAAUUACAACGGCAAAGUGCCAAGAGGAAUUUAAUCUCAAAUCACUGGCAACUUUGGGGGACUCUUUCCUUAAGUAUGCUUCCAGUCAACAGCUAUUUAAAACUUAUCAAAACCAAAAUGAAGGACUACUCAGUCAGAAGAGAAAGGAAAUAAUUUCUAAUCCUGUACUGUGCAGGCUUGGAUGUGACUCCGAACUUUCGGGAUUCAUUCGAAAUGAACCUUUUGAUCCAAAAAUGUGGAUAAUUCCUGGUGAUAGAUCUGGACAAUAUACAUUAGAUGAACAGUUUCUUUCUGCAAGGAUGAAAGUCUUUAAUCGGGGAAGAAGGAAAGUAAAAAGUAAAAAAGUAGCUGAUGCUGCGGAGGCACUUAUUGGUGCAUUCCUUAACACAGGUGGUGAAAAAGCAGCCUUGUCAUGGAUGGAUUGGCUGGGUAUAAAAGUGGAUUUAGUCAAUGUACCAUAUGUGAGGCAAUUUCAAGUUCCCAAGAGGCAUGUUGAUAUCAAAUGUCUAGAAUCCUUAUUAAACUACUCAUUCCUUGAUCCUUCUUUGCUUGUUGAAGCACUAACCCAUGGCUCUUACAUUCCAAGAUGUUAUCAGCGCCUAGAGUUCCUUGGAGAUUCAGUGUUGGAUUAUCUUAUAACCAUGCACAUGUACCGGAAAUAUCCUGGAAUGUCACCUGGGCUGUUGACUGAUUUGAGAUCAGCAUCCGUGAACAAUGAUUGUUACGCUCUAUCUGCACUCAAGGCUGGAUUGCACAGACACAUUCUUCAUUCCUCUCAAGUGCUUCACAGACGGAUAGACAAUGCGGCUCAUAAUUUUGAGCGGUUAUCUUCGGCAACAACUUUUGGAUGGGAGUCUGAAACAACUUUACCAAAGGUACUUGCAGAUAUUAUAGAAUCUAUUGCAGGGGCUAUUCUUGUUGAUUCGGGGUACAACAAAGAUGCUGUCUUCAAGAGCAUAAGGCCUCUUCUGGAGCCUUUGGUUACACCCGAAACAUUGCCAUUGAAUCCAAUUAGGGAGCUGAGUGAAUUGUGUCAAAGGGAACAUUUCGACAUGAAAAAGGCAGCCUCUCGCGAAACAAACCAAAAUCUGGCAGCAUUUACAAUAGAGGUUAAAGCGAAUGGUGCCAUGCACAAGCAUACACGCACUGCGUCGGAUAACGAUAUGGCCAAAAGACUGGCUUCCAAAGCUGUUCUCAAGUCCUUGAAGGAAAGCUUGUCCCGAGGUAAGGCUAAAGAGCAAAUUUCUUAGUGAGAGAGCUCUCACAUGAUUUAUUCUGUGCUUGUAUGGAGCAGAGUAAGCCCCGUUAGGGUGUUACAUAGAGAGUUCGGUUUUCUACAAUAUAUUUAUGUGUGUGUGUGUAUGGUUGUAUGUGUGUGUAUAUAGUUUACACUGCUAGAACUACCCAAAAGCUAUCCAUUAAGAGCCUUCAACAUUCAACAUGCAAAACAAGUACUUCAAGCAAAUAAUCU